AUGCCACUGAUUUAAUAAAUGUAAUAAUUCCUCGGGAUUCCGAUGUACAUUUGGACGCAGUGACGGUGAAUGUCAGUGAUAACAUGAACAGAGCCAUACCUCUGGUCUUCCAUUAUUUUAACAUCACUUCGCCUCAAGCCGCGUACAUGAUAACUAUUGAUCCAUUAUCAAAUGCCUCGCGCCUCGUUAUUCUCGUCGCCCAUGAAAUGUUCCCGGUUCCUGGAAAGUUCCUCUUCAGCCGCUUAGUUGAAGAGCUGCCUUUCAUUGAUGAUUCUCGUACACUCUUCAUCGAUUCUGACAUGAACCGCAACAGGACUGGUCGAUUUGUGGCCGCUAUUGGAAAACUUCUCAAUAACGCCCAUCCAUCUAAUUUUACUAGAAAAGAUCUAGAUCCCAAAUUUUCCUCACACUAUAAUUUGAAAAUCACGGUCUUAGGAUGUUACUACUACGAUGAACCGUCACUCGCGUGGUCAACCGUGGGUUUGAAAGUGCUUUCCGCCAAUGCAACGCACACAAUAUGCGGGACUAACCAUCUUUCCCAGUUCGGAUCAGGAUUUUUGCCAAUCGUGCAUGAAAUUGAUUUUGAUUUUAUAAUAGCGAACAUGGGCUUCGUAGAUAAUUCUACUCUCUACGUCACUCUGAUUUUACUUUUUGUCUUGUUUAUCAUAGCUAUGAUUUGGGGUCACUACAAGGACAAAAAAGAUGUUGAAAGGAGAGGUGUUAUCCCCUUGCCAGAUAACAAGCCUGAAGACAAAUACAUUUACGAAGUUACUUUCUUCACCGGUCCUGACUCAGACGCUCCAUGUGAAUCUCAGAUAUACUUCAUGGCGUCAGGCGAUUAUGACGAAACAGAAGUUCGUUUCCUGCCUAAAGCUAACUCGAACCUUUAUCGCCGGUACGACAGGAACACAUUUGUGAUGACAACGGCUAGACCUCUCGGUUCUCUGCACUACUUGCGGGUUUUCAUAGACAAUAAAGGAAGGUUGCCGUACGACAGCUGGCAGCUUGAACGGGUCGUUUUCAGAGACCUCCAAAAGUCUAAGCAGUACACCUUCGAAACGAAUGCCUGGCUUGCCCUCAACCGUAGAGACGGCUUGGCAGACCGGACAUUCUUGUGCGCCAACAACAACGAAGACAUGUCCACCUUUUCUCAAAGGAUGUACAACAUUACAAAUAGGAAUGCCAACCAAGACCAUAUCUGGAUGUCGGUUUUCUUACGCCCCACUGGGUCCCGGUACUGUCGAAAAGAAAGGAUAAUGGUUUGCGUAACGUUUCUAUUUGUUUCUAUGCUUCUGCAUGCAAUGUUCUACGAGAUUGAAGGUGAAUCUCCCAUUGAUGCAUAUGCCUACAUUGGUCCUGUUCCAAUCGCUCUGUCUCAAAUGAUCAAAGGCCUUGCGGUGAUCAUUUUCGUCCUACCCUUCACAACGUUGCUUGGGGCCGUAUUCAAGCGAGCGCGCCCUCGAAAGUAUGUUCGAUGCAGAGCUUUGGACGCCAUCGAGAAACAACGUGAACGCCAAUUACGAAAAAAUGGAUUGACACGGGAAGAUGCUACGGAGAAGUCGAAAGUGAUCGGAAAGCCUGAAGGAAGACGGACACCCAAAACAGAACCUGUGGUAAAAUGUCUCCCUUGGUGGACAAGGCCUUUUGGAUGGAUUGUUUGUGGUGCAGCAAUGACGGGGUCAGUAUUCAUGGUUUGGAGUUAUGGCAUCGCCUGGGGAGAAAUAACCACCGUAAAAUGGUUCUCUUCGUUCUUCACAACCUUCUUGGUGUCGAUUCUGGUAAGCCAAUGGCUGAAGGUUGUGUUGGUCUCAUGCUUGGGCAGCAUUUGCUGUGUUCCUGACCACUCUGUUGAGGACAUCGACUGCGAUGAGGAACUUCCCAUGCUACAAGAAGACGAAGAAUGGGCUUUGAUGAGUCCCUUAGAUCCAUCCACUGUGAGGGACGUGCACAGAGUCGUUGGUGUAACUCACGACGAUGACGCGACGAAGAAGCUGAGUGUUCAGCUCACCAAAGAUCGAGACAUGAAAUUCAUUGUACGUGGAAUUUUCGUUUAUUGUCUGUUCCUUGCCGUGCUGUUUAUCAUCGUCAACGACAAGACGGACAUUAACGCAUUCUUGCUGCAACGACACUUCAGUGGGACCUUCUUCGAUGAUAAAUUCACAAUGGAUAACUUAGUCUUCCCAAACGAGCUGCGAAACACGGACCAUUUUUGGCACUACGCCAAAAAUUUGAUCAUGAAUACCUGUCGAGCACAGCGGUGGUACAACAAUGAUCCACCCUACGGUCUUCGCGGCUUCCUGGAUGACCGAGCUAACCGCAUGGUUGGAUACCCCAUCCUGCGGCAGAUACGCAAUGCCCGCUUUGUGUGCUCGGUGCCGUACCCUAUGAACGAGACUAUUCCAGACUGCACGGGUACUCGAGGCCUGCUUACGGAAGAUGAUCACGAUUACUGUGCAAACUGGGUGCUCGGUAACGCAUCCGAUGUCGCGUGUAAAUUCCCCGAGUUCAAGUAUCAAAACGCGAGCCAACUAAAAACCUUAGCCACCGUUGGCCGUCUGGGAACUUAUAGUGGCGGCGGAUACGUUAUCAGACUUGAUGGCUAUGAAGACGACGUCAACGAGAGGCUGGAUCAGCUUCAAAAAGUGCAUUGGAUUGACAAGCGUACGCGAGCGGUGUUCUUGGAGUUCUCCGUCUACAACGCCAAUGUGAACUUAUUCAUGACGUGUAUGAUUUGCUUUGAGGUGAGUGAAGGAGGCGGUAUCGUCACUAAAUGGAGGUUCGAACCUGUUCGACUUCUCCGACUGGAGAGCAGCGCCAAGGAUAACGUCGCAUUUUUCUGCGAGCUUAUGUUCGUCGUAUCAACAGUCUUCUUCACUUUCAGGCAAUUGUGGGAGAUAAAAAAACAGAGAUGCGGGUACUUUUUCCAGUACUGGAACCUUGCGGAACUUUCUCUAGUGCUACUUUCUUGGCUAGAGAUCGCCUUGUACAUUUACAAGCUCCUACUCACUCUUGCCGUGGCGGAUGAGUUUAAUCGAACAAAAGGCAACGCUUACUUGCGAAUGGACUACCCGGUAUUGGUUGAUCAAUUUUAUACGUGCAUUCUGGGCCUGAUCAUGUUUGUAUCGGUGCUCAAACUCAUCAAACUCAUGCAGUUCAACAAAAGAAUGGACGUGCUGGCGCUUACCAUUUCCCUGUGCUGGGAUGAGCUGUCAUACUUUCUCAUUGCCUUUGUUAUUAUUUUCUUCGCUUUUUCCAGUCUCUUCUAUUUUAUCUUUUUCUUGUACUUGUUAGAGUUCUCUUCAAUUCUCUCGGCUGUUCAGACCAGCUUCUCAAUGAUGCUCGGCAAAUUCGAUUUCAAUGUAAUGCAACAGGCAAACUCGCUGUCACCCCUCCUGUUCUUCAUCUUCUCGGUGCUGAACAGCAUGGUUCUCGUCAACAUUAUGCUCGCUAUUAUCUUGAAAGCUUUUAACGAAAUUAAAGUUGAUCUGAGUAAGAGAGAGAACACUUAUGACGUCCUGGACUACAUGUGGAAGCAUUUCAAGAAGACUGCCGUGCUGCAGCCCAAUGCCGUCAACCAAGUCAAAGUGAACUUGAACAAGAAGGAACGAGAGGGCCUACAGAGCGAGCGAGAUUUCCCAGAUAAGGUGGGGCAGUUACUGCAGCAAAUCAACAGCCUUUACUUCGACGGCAAACUCGACCUCUGCAAGCCUGAGGCGGCGAAGACCGUCUUCAGCGUCGAGGACGACGCCCGCCCCCGCAGGAAGCUGAGGCCCGACGCCCGACGCGAUAAGAAGCCCACGACCAUCUUCUUCAGCGACUAAAACUGCGUGCACUCGAAAGAUAGAAAAUAUAUUUCACCUACGUUUCGAAAUGCUAUCUUUUUAGAACUAAUUUCAUCAGUGAUAUCUAUCACAUCCAUUAAAAUUAAAUAUAACACCACAUAGACAUCGAGCCUCUAUAUUAAAUACAGUGUUGUGUACAGACCAAAGCAACAACAGUCUCUCCAGAUAAAGUGCAAUUCAAAUGAGGCAUUUAAUGAUUAAAUUAAUCAAACUGGUUUGAGUUCUUUGGUAAUUCAUACGUCUCCAUUUUGCAUCUGUGGCAUUUUAUUUCGUUGAACGUAAUAAUGUAAUGAGUAUAUCCUCAGUAUUUAUCCAUCACAAACGAGACUUCUUUAAACUUCAAUUUACUGUAAAGUGGUCUGUGUAGACUAAAGUAGUUAAAAACUCCUGCCACAUCUUGCCUGAACAAUAAUGCAAAUUUUCCCGUAUAUUACUGUUCAAAAUUCGACUCGUCGCACAAGCUGAGGCAAGAUCUUUUGACAAAUGCAGGACCAAUUACAUUGGGAAUUUAAUCAAACAUCUCAUUGAGUAAUUUGACAGUCGAAGUAGUUUGCUUCUGCGUUCCGUGUGAUUUAUAGAUUUGCGUUCUUCAGCACCAACCGGCAGAGCGUCACUGGGUUCUAGGGGCAGGGCCGCCCCCAAA